UUAGACCGCUGUGCCACUCGGGAGCCCGGGUGUCUUAUAAGGCUCUGGUGGUGAUGCGAUCCUUUACACAAGAGGAACCAGUGAGUGAUAUCUUGAGAUAAGAACAGUGUUCCUAAGAAAAUACUAUUUUACAACUCAUGUGUCAUACAGAAGAUCAAUGACAAGCUCCCUUCAUAAUGCUGUUAUUCAGUAAUCUAGGGGUUCUAUACUUAAUCAAUUUGUAUCCACAUACUGUACGUUUUAGAUAGCUGCAGCACUGGCUAUAUUGUAAAAUACCAUAUAGUCUACAAAUCAUAAUUACAUCUCCCCACUAAAUUCCACAUGUUAUUUGGAAAAUGCUAGGCCUACGACCAAUGCUUGCAUAUGCAGUACAUCUAAUUUGUAACUAAAUGAUGUAUGUAUCAGCUAACAUGAACACACUUACAAUUUAAUUUACUGGAAUAAACAGCCCUUGCCAUGUUUGUCACAUCGGAAGUGUGUUAUUUAACACUAAAUUAGAUAAAGAGUUUGUGGUUGAGCUGCUGUCACAACUGUCAUGUAGGUUAUUUCCUGGUUUUUGACGUCUAUUAGCAUGUUCAGUGUGAUGUCAUUAGACUAUUGGCAUUCUCUCUCCUCUCUGCCUGCCAGUCACUAGUCCACUCUGCAGUAGAACCAGGCACGACAACACAUUAACCAGUGAACAGCCAUGCUGCUACAUAGCUUCCCUCUCACCAUCCUCCUUCUCUCCACCAUCCCUGUCACUCCCCAAUGGGGGGCAGUGGGUGAUGAGUCUGGAAGGUCUGUGGCUGCUGCAGGGCCAGUGGUCCAGGGCAGGCCCUUCACCAUGGUCUGGAACAUGCCCACAGCGAGCUGCCAGGAACACUAUGGCAUCCACCUGGACCUGGGGGCCUUCGACAUCGUGGAGAACCACCAGCAGCGCUUCCAGGGCCAGAACAUGAGCAUCUUCUACCACAAUCAGCUAGGGCUCUACCCUUACAUCACCCAGGAGGGUCUGCAGGUUAAUGGAGGGGUUCCCCAGAGGGGAGACCUGGAGGCCCACCUGGCCCUGGCCCAGACCCAGAUCUCAGCCCUGCUCAGGACAGGGUUCAGGGGCCUGGCCGUCAUCGACUGGGAGGAGUGGCGCCCCUUGUGGGUGAGAGACUUCGGCAUUAAGCUGGAGUACCGCCGGCUGUCUAAAAAACUAGUGAGAGGGGAGCAUCCAGAGCUAACUAAACAGGAAGUGAACUCCCUGGCCCGUAAGGAGUUUGAGAGGGGUGCCAGGGACUUCAUGUCUGAGACGCUGCAGUUAGGAGUGUGUCUGCGACCGAGGGGACUCUGGGGCUUCUACAGCUUCCCUGAAUGCUUCAACUACCACAGGAAGCAGAAAGGCCACAGCUACACGGGUCACUGCCACUCCAAGACCAGGCAGAAGAAUGACCAGCUAGCCUGGCUGUGGCGCCAGUCCACUGCCCUCUACCCUAGUAUCUACCUACCCAAACGUCUGGCAGGGUCCUCUGAUGCCACCCUCCUGGUCAGACAUAGGCUUCUGGAGGCCCUGAGGGUGGCGAAUCAGUACCCCACUAGCACCCAUGCAACUCCUGUACUGCCCUAUGCCAGAGUGGCAUUCGCUCACACCCUCCACUUCCUCAACAAGACGGAUCUGGAGCACACACUGGGAGAGAGUGCAGCGCUGGGGAUGGCAGGAGUGGUGCUGUGGGGGGAGCAGGCGUUCGCUAAGUCAAAGCAUCAGUGUGAGAUACUGAGGGACUACAUUAAUUCUGAACUGGGAGUGUACAUCAGCACCCUGAAGAGAGGGGUGCAGCGUUGCAGCGAGGAGCGAUGCCAUGGCAACGGUCGCUGUGCCAGAAGGGACCCCUACUCUGACCACAUGAUCCCACUCUCUGACUCCUUCUCCAACUUCCUCCCUGACCCCACUCAUGACCUCAGCCACCUCCGCACUAACUUCCUGUGCCAGUGCUAUCAGGGCUGGGCGGGUGAGAAGUGUCAGGAAAGGAUAGCUUCAAUCACUAACACUUAGUGUCAGGAAAAUAUAUAGUCUCUAUCACCAAUAUAUAAUAUCACCUCUUUUGUUUAUUUGGUUGAUGCGCAGCAUACAGUAGCAUCAUUGCAAUUCCACCAAGUGUAUCAAAGUGAAAA